CUGGGCGAUUAUUGUGACUAUUCCAAUGGUACUUUCAAAUGCACUGGCAAUAUAUUUGAGGAUGCGUGGACCCUUGGUGUUGACCCCAUGAGCUCAGUUUAUUGUCCCGUGGUCUCCCGCGUGGCUGAUGGAGAGUGGAGCAAUCGGGCUGAUGAUCCUGCGACAUAUUGUCGCAAUGGCAAAUACGUUGCGCUGCGUCAACCAAAAGGCCUCUCACUUCCCACUAACGAACAUUUGGUGCUGCUGAUGAAAUCCUUGUCUACCCGUGCUGCAGGCAAACAUUUGGUGAUAACGGUCGUACAAUGCUCAGGCUUCCAUGGAGAUGAUGAUAAUGGAAAACAAGGGGAUUCAGGGGAUCCCCACAAGUUUGGCAAAGAAAACCGUUUUUUGAAGAGAGAAGGAAACAAUUCCAAAGGAGCACUUUUACUCGCUCAUGAAUAUGGUACCCUCUCUUAUCAUGCUUGGGGGUUUGUCUGUGCCGAUCACACUAUCUUUCAGGAUCAAUCUAGGGGACCUGACGCCGGUCACAAGUCUGUGAAUCGACAGAAGACUGAUAGAACGAUCAAAUUUUCUCAGACAUAUUUGGUUUCCCGCUUCUGAGUAAUUACGUUGGAAAAAUAACAUUUUUCGAGAGGCUCCCCUGGAUGAUGGAAACUAAUCCACGCAGUGAGUGUUCUGUAGGCAAUGUGGAAGCGCAUGGUUUACAAGCACACCUAUUCAAGGGCACGCGGCAAUCCAAUGCCUGCACAGGACCCGCGUCUUGAAGUUGUUUUACCUCUUUUGGGCGAGCGGUGCCAAAUUCUUUGUGCAGAUUAUCGUACACCGCGUCGGUCUGCUGAUGAAAAGCAGAAAGUGGUGCGCGAGUUUGAG